AUGCCGCCGACCAAACUCCGAGGCGGCCAUCCCCCAUGGCGCCCCUUCUGCGUCACCGUCCUCCUCCUGUCUCUACUGACGGCCUAUUCCUUCCUCAAGGCGACCUACCGCCGCCGUCUCCUCGACGCUCGCACCGACACCCCGACCCCCCCCAGCAGCGUCUCCCUCUUCGCCCGCACCCUCGUCGACCGCGAGUGCAGCGAUGUCCACCUGGUCGACGACCAGUGCGCCUUCGUCAAGCGGUACUGCUCCGAGGACGACGCCGGCCUGCUUCCCUAUCUUGAGUUCUACUACUGCACCCUUGCCAAUGCCAAAGCUGUCGCCUUUGUACUGCUCGUCGCCUGGCUUGGCCUGCUCUUCACCACCAUCGGCAUCGCCGCGAGCGACUUCUUCAGCGUCAACCUGAGCACCAUCGCCGCCAUCCUCGGCCUCAGCGAGAGCCUCGCCGGCGUCACCUUCCUCGCCUUCGGCAACGGCUCGCCCGAUGUCUUCAGCACCUUUGCCGCCAUGAGCUCCAACAGCGCCAGCAUGGCCGUCGGAGAGCUCAUCGGUGCCGCCUGCUUCAUCACCGGCGUCGUCGCCGGCUCCAUGGCCCUCGUCCGCGAGUUCAGGGUCGACCGGAAGACGUACGCGCGCGACAUCUGCUUCUUCAUCGUCGCCGUCUGCUUCACCAUGUCCUUCCUGGCCGACGGCCAGCUCCGCUUCUGGGAGUGCUGGGCCAUGAUCGGCUACUACAUACUCUACGUCGUCGCCGUCGUCGGCUGGCACUGGUACUCGACGAGGCGCAGGCGACGCAUCCGCCGCGAGGGCGAGGCACGCAGCCACUUCUACGCCCCCGCGGGCCAGUCCGGCGAUGAGCUGGCCGGAGAGCCCUACCGGGACGAACCCGACGAGUCCGGCUACGACCCGUCGCAUCGCCCCUCGCAGCCCACCUCGCCCGGCCGUGAAGCUUCCGUCUUCGAGCGAGGCCCACGAAUCGAAAUCCAGGACGACGCCGGCGCCGUGACGGAGGAGGAAGCCGAGAACGCCGACGAGGACCACGAGCGGAUGUUGGCUGCCGAGGUCACUAGGAGCAUGCGCGUCCUGCGCACCGGCGCGAAGCGACACAACAACAUGAACCCAAUCCGACCCAGUCUGGUCGGCGCCCUCGAGUUUCGAUCGGCCCUCGCCCAGCUGCAGCGGGAGAGCAACCUCCAGCUGUCUUCGAUACCGGGCCGAAGCUAUUCGGACCAUCACAUCGUCAGCCGGAGGGCUCGCAGGGGAACCGUAGCCACCCUUCCCGAGCCCUACCACGACAUCAUCGGCACGCCCUCGACGCCGGCCGCGACGGCGAGGACCCGGAGAGACCGAGCGUUGUCGUCGGGGGACAGGCCGACGUCGGCUGUCAUUCCCGAAUUGCUGCAGGACGCUUCCGGUUCCGACGCAUCGCCGGUGCCCACCGAAGGCAUACGAAGCGGCCAGAGGACGCCGGUACCCUCGUACGCCAUGGGAGGGAGUCUCGCGCCACCUCCCUCCGGUCCGACGGGCAUCUCGCCGGCGCUCGUCGACGACGCGUCGGCCAACGGGGCCCCCGAUCAAGCUUCGCCGGCUACGCUGCACCGGCUGCAGAUCCCUGGCAGCCAGAGCUGCCACAGCGCCAUCUCCUCCCCCAACUCGUCGCUAUAUCCUUACACGGACUCGCCCAUGGUCAUGACACCUCACGUGCAUUCCGAGCAGGCAGAGUUUCUGCUUCCGCCGCCGGCUCUCCCGCGCAGGGAUGCCCACUUCCCCGACGUCCAGUCGCCGGUGCAAACUUCUCGGCCGAUACGAUGGUGGCCGCAUUCCAUACUGCCCCCUCCCCAAGUGCUGUUGGGAACUUUGUUUCCGACGCUGCAGGGCUGGCGGGAAAAGAGCUACCUCGACAAGUUCCUCAGCACGAUAUCCGUCCCAAGCAUAUUUCUCCUCGUCGUAACCCUGCCUGUGGUGGAACCGGAGGCUAGCGACGACGAUUCGGAUGCGUCGUCGACGGGGCGAACGAUUGUCGACCGCAUCGGGAACGGGCAACCGGCCCCGACCAUCUCCUUCGAGCGAGGAGAGGAGGAGCCGGAGAGCGAGUGGGAGCGGUACCGCAAGCACUCGGUCAGUCAUGCGAGCCGUCAUUCGGAGUCGAAUGGCUUGGGCGGACUGCUCUGCGAAGCGCGCGAGGAACCAGUGGCGGAACCGGCGGCGACGGCGACGGCUGGACAACAGCAGGUGCUCGCCAAGCCUGCGUCGGACGUGCCGUCGGUGAGCAACGCCAAUGACGAGACGGCAUCCUGGAACCGGUGGCUCGUCUGCCUGCAGCUCUUCACCGGCCCCUUGUUUGCCGUCUUCAUCCUCUGGGCCAACUUUGUCGAAGACUGGGACAACCCGGCCAAGGAGCUGCUGCUCAUGACGCUCUACACCCUCCUCGGCUCGCUCGUGCUGCUAGCCAUCCUGCUCCUCACGACGUCGGAGAGCGCACGGCCGAGGUUCCAUUACCUGCUCUGCUUCCUCGGCUUCAUCAUCAGCAUUGCGUGGAUAUCGACCAUCGCGGGCGAAGUUGUCGGCGUCCUCAAGGCCUUUGGAGUCAUCAUAGGCAUCUCGGAGGCCCUACUUGGCCUCACCGUCUUCGCCGCCGGCAACAGCAUCGGGGACUUGGUGGCCGACAUAACCGUUGCUCGACUGGGCUACCCUGUGAUGGCUCUAUCGGCUUGCUUCGGAGGACCGAUGCUCAACAUUCUCCUCGGCAUCGGCAUCGGCGGUGUUAUGAUGAUGAUACAGAGGGCGAACCACAAGCACAAGAAGCACCCGGAUCGACCGGUCCGGUACGGGCCGUACAAGGUGCAGGUGGGUGGGACUCUGAUGAUAUCGAGCAUCACGCUGCUCAUCAUGCUCGUCCUGCUCUUGAUCAUCGUGCCGAUGAAUAAAUGGAUCCUGAGCCGCAAGAUCGGCUGGGGGCUGAUCGCCCUGUGGACGUUGAGCACAAUCGUCAACGUCAUCGUGGAGGCUACGGGCAUAUGGGGGGAGGCCUAG